AUGAUCAUUGACUAUCUACCUCUGUUGCAAACCUUACUUCCAGCAAACACAAGUGCUGUCUUGAAUAGCGGAAUGAAACGAAUGAACUCAAACGGUAAUUCGAGAGAAGCGAAGCGUGGAAGAAAGUGCACAAGAAAAGAACAGCUGCAGAGGCACUUGAAGUUCGGCGAGGGGCCAAGAAAUUUCAAGAAGAGGAUGAAGAGAAGGCCUGCAGUAGUUCAUAGCAAUUUGAGGAUCGUUACCCUUUGGAAUGGUGUGACAGAAGAGGCCAUAGAAUCUCGUCCAGGUAUAGGUCAAACACUCGAUGGAAAGGCGGAAGAAAAGGGGAAAGCCAUUGCACGAGUCGAGGUAAAAGAUGUUUCAGACCCGCCCAGCAAAGAUCCGGAACCUCCUCAUAUGUCCAAUGAACAUCCUUGGGAAUGCGUCGAAGUUGUCAUGGAUAAUGACUCAGAAGCGCCUCCUCCAAUCUCCAUGUCUGAAGAAUUAAAUCUAUUGUGCAAUGCUUAUAACGAUGUCAUCAGUUAUACCAAUUGCCUUUGGAAAUGCCUCGAAGGGCAAUCGGACACACUUAAUUGGAUUGAGAUAUGUUGGGAAGACCUCGUCUCAACCAAAGAUCUUUUUGAAGACGUCGAUAAAAAUCCAAAGACUCUACUUUCGCCGCUGGUAAUCAUGAGGAGAUUUCACCAAUCUUUUAUAAACCUUGGAGAUAUCUGGGAAGCGAUAUUAGACCAGAAUCGGGGGAAUCUAGAGAUUCCAUUGCAAAGGGUCAUGGAGAUGAGCAAGGUCCAAUCUAUCAUGAAGUUAGCUGAGCCUCAAUGUGAUAAUAGUGAUUUCGAUAUAUUUGGUUGCCGUUAUCCUGACGGGAAGCUCCAACCGGCGGCGAAUCUGCCAACUAAAACUCGUCAUACAAUCGAGAGGAUUCAAAUAUUUGAGGCAGAACCGCUAGAUGAGAAGAGCAGGAUGAUGGAAGAACGUGCAUGUAUGUGGAUCAAGGAGCUUACGGGAUGCCCGUGUGGGACGUGGUGUGCAGGACCUUCACGAAGUGCAUGA